AUGCUGUGCGCCGGGAGGCUGGGCGGGCUCGGAACCCGGGCAGCGCCUGUAUGGCCCGGGCGAGCGGGCUCGAGGGUCCUCGGAGCCAGGAUCCGCGCCCGAGGGGUCAGCACCAGCUGGUUCCCGGUGGGCGCCGCCUUCAAUGUCAAGCCCCAGGGCCGCCGCCUGGACCUGUUCGGCGAGCGCCGGGGUCUUUUUGGAGUUCCUGAGCUCAGCGCCCCAGAAGGAUUUCGGGUCGCCCAAGAAAAUGCCUUGAGGAAGGCAGACUUGCUUGUGGAGCGUGUGUGUUCCGUGGCACCUGGGCCCCAGACCGUGCUCAUUUUCGACGAGCUCUCUGAUUCCUUGUGCAGGGUGGCCGACUUGGCCGAUUUUGUGAAAAUCGCCCACCCCGAGCCCGCGUUCCGAGAGGCGGCGGAGGAAGCCUGUACAAGCAUCGGCACCGCGGUGGAAAAGUUGAACACAAAUGUGGAAUUAUAUCGAAGUCUGCAAAAAUUGCUGGCUGACAAAAAACUUGUGGAUUCCCUUGAUCCAGAAACCAGGCGAGUGGCUGAACUGUUUAUGUUUGAUUUUGAAAUCAGCGGAAUCCACCUAGACAAAGAGAAGCGUAAGAGAGCAGUGGACCUGAAUGUUAAAAUCUUGGAUUUGAGUAAUACAUUUCUCACGGGAACUAACUUUCCCAACAAGAUUGAGAAGCAUCUCUUGCCAGAACACAUUCAUCAAAACUUUGUAGUCGCUGGAAAUCACGUGAUAGUUGAUGGUCUACACGCAGAAUCUCCAGAUGACUUGGUGCGAGAAGCCGCUUAUAAAAUUUUUCUUUAUCCCAAUGCUGGUCAGCUGAGAUGUUUGGAGGAAUUGCUCAGCAACAGAGACCUGCUGGCAAAGUUAGUGGGGUACUCCACGCACUCCCACAGAGCCCUCCAAGGAACAAUAGCCCAAAGUCCAGAGACGGUCAUGCAGUUCCUUGAGAAGCUAUCAGAAAAACUUUCUGAAAGAACUAUAAGAGACUUUGAGAUGAUACGAGGGAUGAAAAUGAAACUAAAUCCUCAAAAUUCUGAAUUAAUGCCUUGGGAUCCCCCCUACUACAGCGGUGUGAUUCGUGCAGAGAGGUACAAUAUCGAGCCCAGUUUGUAUUGUCCAUUUUUCUCCCUUGGAGCGUGCAUGGAAGGCCUCAACACUUUGUUUGGCAGACUGUUAGGGAUUACGUUGUAUGCCGAGCAGCCCGCGAAAGGAGAGGUGUGGUGCGAGGGCGUCCGCAAACUGGCUGUGGUUCAUGAAUCCGAAGGAUUGUUGGGGUACAUUUACUGUGAUUUUUUUCAGCGAGCGGGCAAGCCACAUCAGGACUGCCAUUUUACAAUCCGUGGAGGCAGAUUAAAGGAAGACGGAGACUACCAGCUCCCAGUCGUAGUUCUUAUGCUGAAUCUUCCCCAUCCCUCAAGGAAUUUACCAACUUUAUUAACUCCUGGAAUGAUGGAAAAUCUUUUCCAUGAAAUGGGACAUGCCAUGCAUUCUAUGCUGGGACGUACUCGUUACCAACACGUCACUGGGACCAGGUGCCCCACUGACUUCGCUGAAGUUCCUUCUAUUCUGAUGGAGUACUUUGCAAAUGACCACCGAGUGGUUAGCCAGUUUGCCAGACAUUAUCAGACGGGGCAGUCACUGCCCAAAAAUAUGGUGUCUCGGCUUUGUGAGUCCAAAAAGGUGGGUGCUGCAGCCGAUAUGCAACUUCAGGUCUUUUAUGCCGCCCUGGAUCAGAUCUACCAUGGGAAGCACCCCCUGACGGCAUCGACCACAGACAUUCUCAGGGAAACCCAGGAGAAAUUUUAUGGCUUACCAUAUGUUCCAAAUACCGCCUGGCAGCUUCGAUUCAGCCACCUCGUGGGCUACGGUGCCAAGUAUUACUCUUACCUCAUGUCCAGGGCGGUAGCUUCCAUGGUCUGGAAGGAGUGUCGACGAGACCCUUUUAACAGGACGGCAGGGGAGCGCUAUCGCAGGGAGAUGCUGGCACACGGCGGGGGCAAGGAACCGAUGCUCAUGGUGCAAGGUAUGCUUCAGAAAUGUCCUUCCAUUGAUGACUUUGUAAGUGCCCUUGUUUCUGACUUGGAUCCGGACUUCGAAACUUUCCUCAUGGAUUCUGAGUGA